AUGCCGGACGCCGCCGCCCACCUGCCCUUCUACUACGGCAGCAUCGCCAGGUCGGAGGCCGAGGAGCACCUGAAACUGGCGGGGAUGUCGGACGGGCUGUUCCUGCUCCGGCAGUGCCUGCGCAGCCUGGGCGGGUACGUCCUGUCCGUGGUGUUCGACCUGCAGUUCUACCACUACCCCAUCGAGCGGCAGCUGAACGGCACCUACGCCAUCCUGGGGGGCAAAGCCCACUGCGGGCCCGAGGAGCUGUGCGAGUUCUACUCCAAGGACGCCGACGGGCUGUGCUGCCCCCUCCGCAAGCCCUGCAACCGGCCCAGCGGGGUGGAGCCCCAGCCCGGGGUGUUCGACAGCAUGAGGGACAACAUGGUGCGGGAGUACGUGCGGCAGACCUGGAAGCUGGAGGGGGAUGCACUGGAACAGGCCAUCAUAAGCCAGGCUCCACAGGUGGAGAAGCUGGUUGCCACCACAGCCCAUGAGAGGAUGCCCUGGUACCACGGCAGCAUCACCCGGGACGAGGCUGAACGGAGGCUCUACUCGGGGGCACAGCCUGACGGGAAAUUCCUGCUGCGAGAAAGGAAGGAGAACCGUGCCUACGCCCUGUCCCUUGUCUAUGGCAAGACCGUGUAUCACUACAGGGUGGACCAGGACAAGUCUGGCAAAUACUCCAUCCCUGAGGGCACCAAGUUCGACACACUCUGGCAGUUGGUGGAGUACCUAAAACUCAAACCAGACGGGCUGAUUUUCUACCUGAAGGAAACCUGCCCCAACCCCAACAUGCCAGCAUCUGCAGCACCAGCUCCACCAGCCCACCCCUCUGUGAGUAGGAACCUGGGCCCCCUCAAUGCAGACGGAUACACGCCGGAGCCUGUGGGUGCCGGGAAGUCCCACCUGCUGCCCAUGGACACCAGCGUGUACGAGAGCCCCUACAGCGACCCCGAGGAGCUGAAGGACAAGAAACUCUUCCUCAAGAGGGACCACCUGAUGAUCGAUGAAGUGGAGCUGGGGGCAGGAAACUUUGGCUGUGUCAAGAAAGGAGUCUACAAAAUGAGGAAGAAGCAGAUUGAUGUGGCCAUAAAGGUGCUGAAGAGCAACAACGAGAAAACAGUGAAGGAUGAGAUGAUGAAGGAAGCCCAGAUCAUGCACCAGCUGGACAACCCCUACAUCGUCCGCAUGAUCGGGGUGUGUGAGGCAGAGUCCCUGAUGCUGGUGAUGGAGAUGGCUUCUGGGGGGCCCCUCAACAGGUUCUUGGCCUCCAAGAAAGACGAGAUUGCAGUCAGCAAUAUCGUGGAGCUGAUGCACCAGGUGUCCAUAGGGAUGAAGUACUUAGAGGAGAAGAACUUUGUCCACAGGGACCUGGCAGCCAGAAACGUCCUGCUGGUCAACCAGCACUACGCCAAGAUCAGUGACUUUGGGCUCUCCAAGGCUCUUGGUGCUGAUGACAGUUACUACAAGGCCAGGACAGCAGGGAAGUGGCCCCUCAAGUGGUACGCCCCCGAGUGCAUCAACUACCACAAGUUCUCCAGCAAGAGCGACGUGUGGAGCUACGGGGUGACCAUGUGGGAGGCCUUCAGCUACGGGCAGAAACCCUACAAGAAAAUGAAAGGCCCCGAGGUGAUCAGCUUCAUAGAGCAGGGCAAGCGCAUGGACUGUCCCACCAACUGCCCCGCAGAGAUGUUCGCCCUCAUGCAGCAGUGCUGGACCUACAGGUGGGAAGAACGUCCUGGAUUUGCAGAAGUGGAGAACACAAUCCGCUCCUACUACUACAGCAUUGCUGCCAAGCCAGAAAACGGGCCACAGACAGAGGACAAGUCAAAAGCAGCUCUUCCCUGAGCUUCCUUCUCUGCUCCUCAACGCACCCCCCACCUGCCUGGGACCUGGAAAGGCUCCUUGUGAAGUUUUGCUUUAAUCUCUCCAAUGUUUCUCAAGCAGUUCCAGAACGAAGCACCUGGGAGAUGAUGCUGUCCCAGCACAGGGGCCACUCGGCUGUGCCUCCUGUCAGCGGCAGGCCAUGACCUCCACCUCCAGCCUGAGCCAGCACAGGAUGGUACAGACAGUAUUAGAGCUCCUUCCUACCCGAUUCCAAAGUUAUCCCCAGGACCUUCCCUCCGUGAAGACCUUCAGAACCCACCUGGACGUGUCCCUGUGUCACCUGCUCCAGGUGACCCUGCC